GAGGUUUCACCGAUAUAUAAAAGUUUUACUUCGAUUUACUUUAAAAUUGUCAAAAACAAUUUCAUUUUUAAUAACUUUUUAAUCGUUCUCGAGCCUCUAAAAUAUCUCAUUUUAUUAGUUAACAAUCUUUUACAACGAAGUGACAUUAAAUUGACGAAGGAAAAUGUGAAUGUGAUUCCGAAAAUUUCAAUUUAUUUUCGAUCACAACUUUUUUUUUGACUUUUGUUGUUGUUUUAAGGCUUUAUUUUUUCUUAAGAAAGUAAGAAGAAGAAUUUGUGUGUGAAGAACGGAAGAGAUGAAAAAAAUGAAGCUGAGAUCGACUUUUUUGUUUGGAUUUCUGAUGCUGAUGAUUUCCGCUGCAUCAACACUUCCAACAUUUGGUGACGAUCACGAAGACAAUGAACAUGAAAAAUCCUAUCAUCCAGAGAUGACAAUCACAUGUGAGUAUUAUAAUGCCAAGGAUUGCAAGAAGGAGCCUUGCUUGCCAAAAAAGAUAACAUGCCCGGAUUCAAAUGGAAAACGCCAAGGAUGUUUUGUGCUUUGGGGAACCAAUAAUAUGACGGAGCAGCCAAUUGUCGAAAUGAAAGACUGUUUUAUUUUCCACGAUGAUUGUAAUCAGUCGGAAUGUAUUGAUUACAAAUAUGAAAAGAGUGCGGGGAAGAAUUUCUGUUGUUGUCGACAUGACAUGUGCAACAGAGAAUUUGUUUGGAAGCCAACACCAACAGAACCAUCAACAACGGAAAAUGUGAAUGAAAAUGAAAAAUCAGUUCAUUUAACUGACACCUCGAAGUGGAUUUGGGCGUCAUUUCUUCUCCUUUCACUGAUUGGAUUUUGUAUCGCUUCACGAUACAUUUAUCAUCAACGUAAACAAAUAUUUAAAGAAAUUCCAACAGCUGAGCCUGAACUUUCCGUCUCAUCACAAUGCCUUUACAUCAGACCGAUAGAUUUGAUUGAAAUUAAAGCUCAUGGUCGAUUUGGAGUUGUAUGGAAGGGAAAGAUGCCAAAUGGCGAAGUUGCUGUCAAAGUCUUCUCUCCAACUGAGAAAAAAUCAUGGAUUACUGAACAGGAAAUUUACAAAUUACCACGAAUGAAUCAUCCAAAUAUUCUGCACUUUAUCGGUGCUGAAAAACACAUCUUCCAAGAUGGAAAAACUGAAUUCUGGCUCAUCACUCAAUAUCAGCCGCUUGGUUCAUUGUGCGAUUAUUUGAAAUCCCACACCGUUAAUUGGCAAGAAUUAUGCAAAAUUGCUGAAUCGAUGGCUCGUGGCUUGAUGCAUUUACAUGAAGAAAUUCCCGGAACUCGAACUGACGAAUUGAAGCCUGCAAUUGCCCAUCGCGAUUUUAAAAGCAAAAAUGUUUUAUUGAAGCCGGAUUUGACUGCUUGCAUUGCUGAUUUUGGUUUAGCAUUAAGAUUCACUCCAGGACAGACAGUUGGCGAUUUACAUGGACAAGUUGGAACACGUCGUUAUAUGGCACCGGAAAUUCUCGAUGGCGCGAUCAAUUUCAACCGUGAUUCAUUUUUGAGAAUUGAUGUUUAUGCUUGUGGAUUGGUCUUAUGGGAAUUGGUAUCGCGUUGUUCAGCACAUGGCGGUCCCGUUGCUGACUAUCGUUUACCUUUCGAAAUGGAACUUGGCUUGGAUUUACAUCUGGAAGAUAUGCAAGAGAAUGUUGCUGCGAAGAAGUUAAGACCGAGAAUAUACGAAGAGUGGCGAACACACAGUGGUUUGAACGCUGUUUGCGAGACAAUUGAAGAAUGUUGGGAUCACGAUCAAGAAGCGAGAUUAUCAUCGUCAUGCAUCAUGGAACGUCUUUCACAACAUUCGCGUUACAAACAAAUCGCUAUCGACACAACAACAACCACAAAUAACUUUAUCAGCAUAAAUAAUACAAAUGAUCAAUGAUAUUAAAAGUAUCGACGAACUCUAGAGACUGACACUAGAGAUUUACACAGAAGAGAAUAUAAAAAAACAGUAAAGGCAGCAAAUAAAUUCAUCGUGAAACGCUUUUGGCCAUCGCAGCAGGUAAGCGUAAGAAAAUCCAUUUUGAUGAGUUUCUUUUUUCACUUUAUAAACAGAACGAUUGAAGGCGUUAACUUCAUGAAACAUUAACUUUAAGAAAAUCGAGAAAUGAAAGAAAUUUUUGUAAUUUUUCUUUCGUCUUUUAAUUGUUAAGUGUAAGAGAAUUUUUUUUCUUUAUUUUCGAGUACUUUUAGUUGAUUUAAAAAUAAAAAAGAGAAUAAUAAUGUUAAAAGAAAUAAUUUUUUCUUUUCGUUUAAUUAAUCGACGUGGAGCUUGAGAGCCUCCGGAGCCCGGACGAAUUAAGUUUAAAAACAAAAUUUAACAAAAGUGUAACAAUCAAAGAAAAAAGAUUCUUUAAUUUGAAAAUCGUACAUUCGUCACAAAAAGAGAUGAAAAUAUUUUUAAUUCUAGAAGAUAACCGACGAUUGUUCUUGUGUACGAUUUUCAUUUUUAUUAGAAAUUUUAUCUAACCGCGAUAUUUUUAUGAGUGCAAAUUUUUUUAUUAUUAUUUUUAUUAAUGUUUAUGAUAAAGAAUAAUUUACUGACAAGACAACAUAAAUCAAUAUCAAACUGUAAAACCUGAAUGCAUGGUAAACAUACAUAAUUUAAUUUAUCCCAAGCUAUGUGAAAGAAAAAUACAAAAAACGUUCAUAAAUAUCUGAGAAA